AUGGGUAAAACUAGCUCAAAACUAAAUAGUGUAAAGAAUAAGGUAUCGCUAAAUAAAAAUUUAGAUAAUAUUUCCAAAAAUGACAGCACCGGAAAUGGGUUUUUGCAAGGUAACACAUCUCUAGAAGAGAUCAAACAGAAGUGUGAUCCGUCCAAAUUGGUACAAACAAGUUUAAUCAAGAAUGAACCUGUCAAAAGAAAUGCUAAAGAUACCUCAGCAAAGAAAAGUAAAAAGCCUUGUUUUGUACCACCAAUAUCCGCAUCUCAUUUGACUUCUAAGGAUGUGCCAUUGAAUCACCACACUAUAAAUGUUCUUGACGACGUCAAUGCUAAUCAAGUUCUCCAGAAACUUAACACUGAAAAGAUUAACAACAUAGUCACCACUGUGACAUUCAGGGAAGGGUACACAUUGCUCAAUAAACCUGAAGAACAGAAGAAGAACUCUAGAUGUUUUCCGUCAGGCGUGAUGCACAUGCUUGCCUGGGAGUCAGGACGGCAGUGUUAUUAUUGGCUUCCACUGUCAGAUCCUGCGGCGAUCACUCCUGCUGUGGUCAAGCUAGUGGAUACUUUAAUGAGCAAGAGUGAGCGAAACAUUUGUUUUGAGGCCCAAGCUGUCUACAUGCUCCUGAUGGAUAUGCUCAAGUUGAAGGAAAUACACAAUUGGGACGCAUAUGAUCCAUUAAUCGCAAGCUGGCUAUUGGAUCCUGACAAUCCUCCAAAAGACUUUAAAGAGAUAUCAGACAAGUUGAACAUGGACAAGAACCUGCUUGUUGUCAACCCACAAGCAAACACAAAGGAUCAAGCUUGUGAUCUCCUCCCUGUUUUGGACGUUGCGAUGAACAUUUUGCAAAAUCGGCUUGUGAACACUUCUUUAUGGACGGUUUUCACUGACAUGGAAACGAAAUUGAUUCCAAUAUUAGCAAUGAUGGAAAGUUCAUCAAUUCUAGUUGAUAUGAAAAAGCUUCACCGAACAGCAGAGGCGAUGGAUAAAAAGCUGCGUAAAUUGCAGAGUGAAGCGCAUAAACUGGCCGACAGAUGGUUCCAACUAAACUCCCCUCAGCAACUGAGAGAGAUUCUCUUUGACAAAUUAAAGUUGGACGAAAAAUUCAAUUUGAAGGUGAAAAAAACAGAGCACGGAGAAAAAUCAACUUCAGAAACUGUAUUGGAACAAAUGAAAGAGUUGCAUCCGCUACCAAAGAUUAUAUUAGAGUAUAGAAGGCUGCAGAAAUUGAAAUCAACUUAUGUGGAAGGCUUGCUGCAGCAUGUCAAGAGUGACGGAACUAUUGGGACAAGUUGGGAGCAAGUGUCGGCUUCCACAGGGAGGAUUACAAGCAAGAACCCAAACCUUCAGGCGUUUCCCAAGUGUCCCAUUGAUGUUCAAGACGGUGAGACAGUCAACCUGAGAGAGAUGUUCAUAGCAAGAGAGGGAUGUUCGUUUCUCGCUGCAGACUUUCAACAGAUAGAGUUCCGAGUGUUCGCACAUUUCACACAAGAUCGCUCACUACUGCAGGCAUUCAGUGAAGGAGGAGACAUAUUCCAGAGAUUGGCGGAACGGUGGCUGGGUGGCAAGGGAGAAGAAGAACGGGAAAAAACCAAGAGAAUUGUUUACUCUGUAAUGUACGGAGCUGGCGCCAAUAAACUCUCGGAAUAUCUGCAUGUUGAACCGACAGAAGCAUAUAAAAUCAUUGACAACUUUGUUGCCAUCUUCCCAAGUCUGCGCAGUCUGCCGCGGACAGUAAUUGCCAAGUGUCGUACGCAAGGGUUUGUGUCAGCACUCUCCGGCCGUAGAAGGCUAUUCCCCAACAUCCGUUCGACCAAUGGAAAGCUUCGAUCAUACUCUGAGCGACAAGCGAUGAACUUCCUCAUACAAGGGUCAGCAGCGGACAUUUGCAAAGCAGCCAUGUUGGAUUGUGAGGCUGAGAUUCGAUCACGAGGACUCCGAGCAAAGCUGCUUUUGAUGAUUCAUGAUGAGCUCAUCUGGGAAGUGGACGAUAGAGACUUACAAGAAACUUCUAAAACAGUCAAGUUGGCUAUGGAGCACCGCUGGAAUGAGCGUCUCACACUCCUAGUUCCAAUACCAGUUUGUGUCUCUACAGGAAAGACACUAGCAAACAUGCAGUGA